CUCGGAGACGGGGAAGAUAUAAGAGGUGGGAAACCAACAGGUUCGUGCUGGAAGCUGCUGGAGAAUCUACGAGAAAAGACUGAGGGAGAAAGGCAACUUUACUGAAGGAAGAAGUGAUGAAAGGUCGCUGUGGUUCAGCCUAAUCUGCUCAUCUGGGACUGAAUAUGGCAUCAGGUCCGCCGGUCGUGACAGAGAUGGAGGAGCUACGGAGGAGAGCUAAUAGGAUCACGGAUGAGUCUCUGGAGAGCACGCGGCGGAUGCUACAAGAGGUUGAAGAGAGCAAAGACGCUGGGAUCAAAACUGUGGUGCGCUUGUAUGAACAGGGAGAGCAGCUGGAGCGCAUCGAGGAGGGCAUGGACGCCGUGCACAGGGACAUGAGGGAGGCGGAGCAGAACCUGAGCCACAUGGCCCAGUGCUGCGGUCUGUGCGUCUGGCCCAUGAGGAGACUCAAGGCCUUUGAGGAGAGCGGCGCUUACAGGGCCGUUUGGGGCGGGGACUCUGCUCCGGGCGGCGCCGUGUCCAACCAGCCGCCGUCGUCCCGGGUCGUCGACGAGAAGGAGCAGAUGAUUAUGAGUGGAGGAUACGUACGAAGGGUGACUAACGACGCCCGCGAGGACGAGAUGGAGGAGAACCUGGCUCAUAUUGGCAGCAUCAUGGGAAACCUGAAGAGCAUGGCUCUGGACAUGGGCCACGAGAUCGACACGCAGAACGUCCAGAUCGAACGCAUACAGGGAGAGGUGGGUUCACGUAUGAAGAGGGGUAGACGCAGACGCAGCGGAGCCAUGUCAGCCUCAUGGCACGGUGAUGACGAAGAAUGUAGAGGUGCUGAAGCAAAAUCAGGGUUCAGAUCCAAACCGAGGUUCACCUUUAAUGAGGUCAGAGUCCUGUUGGAGGCAGUGAAGAGGAACAGAUACGUCCUCCUCAAGAAGUUUAACCAUGGUGUGUCAGCUGAAACCAAGAAGCAGACCUGGACUGACAUCACAAAUCAGGUCAACAGUCUGGGAGAAAGUCGCAGAGAGGUGCGUCAGAUCAUGAAGAAAUGGGCUGACCUGAAGUGUGAUGGCAAGCGACGCAUUGUGGCCCUGAGGGGCCCCAAUGGCAGCAAUCUGAAGAAGAAGAAGAUGGGUCCUGUGGAGAAGAUGGUUCACAAAAUACUGACAAUGACUCAGAGAGAUGGUGAAAGUGAGGCAGACGUUGGAAAAGAUGACAGUUUCAAUCCAUUCACGAAGAAAAACAAGUUCCCCAACCCUCCCCCUUACUCCUACCUCAGUUUGACAGACAGCUCCCACUCGGGGCCCAGUGGAGCCUCCGCAGACCUCUCCCCUCUGUCCUCGCCAGAGAAGGAACUUGGAGGUGAUGCCUUUCAUUCUUCAUCUGACUUAGACUUCGGAGAAGACGGAGAACGAACCUCGGGCUUUGAUGAAAACGACGACUCCAUGUUCUCCAACCUGGAGCCUUCGUCUCUGGACCCGCUGCCUGAAAACGCCCUGAUGAGGGUCAAGCCAGUUUACACCUACUCUCGGAGCAACAGCCAGAUUUAUAACCAGUCGUCCUCCAGGCCUGCACCCGGAGCCUCGUCCUCCGUGGCCUCCGCCCCCUCUGUUUUUCCUUCUGAUUCCAAUGCUGCUCCCGCUCCCACAAGCUGCAGCUCGACUACCUCAGCCGUCGCUCCCCCCUCUUCCUCCUCGCUCGCCCCUCCUACAUCUAGUGCAGUCUCUGACUCUGCUCCUUCUGCAGCGGUGCCCUCGUCUUCCUCUGGUGCUUCUUCAGCGUCCGCUCCCUCAUCUGCAGUUAACACUCACAGUCCCCCCACCUCCUCCUCUGGCCCCCUUCAUCCCCCCACCUCAGGGUCCAACCUGUCUGACCCUCUGCCAGGUGGGCCAUUCCUCUGCAGGCCCCAGGAUCCCGUGGCCCAGAUGGCCUCUCAGAGCGUCCAGCAGCAGCAGGCCAGCAGGGUGCUCCUCACCUCGGUGUCUCAGUCUCUGGAGAUUUUGGCUCAGUCCGUUCAGCUACUGGUGGAGACCCAGCAGGAGUUUGUGCAGGAGUCUCUGCUGCUGCAAAAAGAGACAGUAGACAUUCUCAAGGAUUUCUCCAACACCGCAUUGACUAUGCUGAGAGACAAAACCAACAGCGGACAUCUGGCCACAAACCAUCAUCCUCGUCCCCCUUCACACUUCUGAAAAAUGGAAAUGAACAAAGAAACGAGGAAAAAGGGGGCAGUAGAUUAAUAGGGGUCAGCAUCAUUUGAAGGCGCUGGGAGCUCAGUUUCAGGCUGAGCUGCUUGUUUAUGUGCCUGCGUCCUCAGUAAUUAGCUUUGAAAAAGGGGAGCAUGAAGGGUUUUUGAACCACUGCACUUGAAAAGUUCUUAACAAAAGUGGUUGAUUAAGAACCCAACCUGUUGGUAGCGUUUAGAAGUACUAACCCCACGUUGGCGGUCCAGAGCCCACUCUGCAUCAGAGUGAGAGCAUUGUUAAUGUAUUCAGUGUCACACCUGAGCUACAGCCUGGGUCCAAUGGGGCUCUCGCUUAGGUUCUGACCGGAACUACUGACACAAGCAAAGAGCACAUGUCUGAUCUCGUCAUGGUUGUAGCCUGUGAUGUAAGAACAUAAGCAAAUUAGAAUAAAGAUAUUUUAACGUUG